AUGUUUCGACUCUUUGUGCAAUGGCGAUUGGUCUUCGUAGCGGCACUAGCACUCAUGACGAUUACAUCACCAAACAUAGGCGUUCAAGCACAGGAUGUAGGCGCAGUGGUGACGCCAAGUCCAGAGGUGACGGCCGCAGCAAUUGUAGCAGAUGCCUCGGCAUCAACGGAUCCUCCCGCUACCGUAGCCCCUGCACAAGCGACCGAACCAGUGCCGGUGACUGAAGCACCGGCAGUACAGUCGACGCCAGAGGUAGCAAAAGCUGCUACAACCCCGGUCGUCACGGAAGCUGUCAAAACUACGACCACACCUGCAUCAUCGCCACCGGUUACUAAAGAUCCUAUCAAACCAGUGGCCCCAAUUGCAGCUCGAGUAAGCACGGAUGUCUUGACGACCUUACCACCUGCAGUAGCUCCGUCCGUCCCUCAGGUGACCGCUCAAUCGACUGCAACAAUACCAUCGGGAUCAACGUCGCCGCGUAGCGAUAUCCGUGAUAACGAGUUUGAGAACAACUUGAGUGUUAGCGAAGCUGACAGCAUUAUUCGUGGCAGUGGAGGGGACGGACCUACAAGCGCGUCUUCAUUGUCUUCAUCAUCGAAUAGCGAUUCCGAAUCUAUCACCGGAACCCAGACUGAGUUCUUCACCACCGAGACUGUCGUGUUUUUCAUGCUUGGUGGAAUCGGUCUGACUAUUAUAAUGAGCCUCCUCUUCGUCUUCUGGAGAAACCGAAAUAGUGAAAACCCGGACUUGGGGACACCGGUCGCAUCUGACACAAGUACAAUUACUUUCCCAGCCGCCUCCAUGCCCUCGAUCGUCGCACCUACUGCUCGGGAAUUGUCUGCGUGGAAAGCAAGUGGGUCAACUUUUACGUCACGAGACCUACCACUGUCUGCUAACGCACGCGCCAAGCUGAAUGCUAUCACGCGUUUGUCCACCGAAUACGAUAUGGCCAACCGACACUCACAUGUUACCGGUCUAUCGAUGCAUGGCUCAAUGACACAAACACCUCCAGCAUUUCGAGAGACGAGUGAGUCUUCAGAGCAGAGCUUCAGUAUUCGCGGGUACUCGGAACUCUCCAUCCAUCACGCUAAUGACUUGGAAACUGAAACUCCUGUCAUGACAUACGAAAGAGACUCAGGAAGCGAUGGAUACUCUUCAGGUGACAGGUAUUCGGCGAGCGGCAAAUAUUCGGCCUCAUCACGACUUUCCAGCGAUCCCGGACGCAGCAGCUCCGGUUGGUCUCAGGUCCAGGCAGUUAAGAAUUUGGACAUACACCGCUAUUCAUCAACGUCGUCUACAUCUUCCUCUAUUGUAGCAAGAAAUCUCAACCCAGCGUCGAGUGGUAAUCAAGAUCAUCCCCCUGGUACAGAUACCCCCGACACUAAGGACAGCACUACGUCGCGCACCGAUGUCCCGAACUGGUACAGCGUUAUUGAAUCGCCUACAGAUAUUGGCAAAUACACUGCCUCAUCGCUUGAAAGCGACACAAUUAGCAACGCACGCGAAUCAUAUGAGCUGUAG